UCAUACUAUGAGGAGCACGCGGAGUUCGAACGUGGUGAUCAGUUAAGCUCCCCCUUCCCCUUACCGGUGAAUUUCGUUGAUUUCUAAUGAUUGCGAAACUGAUACGCCAGAUGACACCGUUAUAGUAAUUUAACGCUUUAUCUGGGGAAACUUGGGAUCGCUUUGAAGUCUGUAGUUCGUCUGUUCUGUGACAGUAGAUUUAUCGUGUCAUGUAAUGGUCGGAAGUAUGCGUGUCAAAAAAACUCGCAAUAGUCGCAAGUCGCAAUAGUCGCAGUGCACUUCCCUAAAUCGAGACAGCUGAGACUCGAGACUCGAGACUUGAGACUUGAGACUUGAUACUUGACACUCGGGACUUGAGACUAGCAAGUGUUGUGUUUGUAGGUUAUUUUCCGUUUGCUUGUGCUGAUUGUCGAACGGAAUUUUCCUCAUUAUGACAGAAAGUCGCAAGGAAGUACGAGUUUGGUGCGAUGGAUGUUACGAUAUGGUACAUUUUGGCCAUGCAAAUUCCUUACGACAGGCAAAAGCGUUAGGCGAUUAUCUAGUUGUCGGUGUACAUACAGACGAAGAAAUUACUAAACAUAAAGGACCACCAGUAUUUAUGGAAGAAGAGAGGUACAAAAUGGUCCGUGGUAUUAAAUGGGUAGACGAGGUAGUGGAAGGGGCACCAUACGUUACAACUUUAGAGACGUUAGACAAAUACAACUGUGAUUUUUGUGUUCAUGGUGAUGAUAUUACCAUGACAGCGGAUGGUGUAGACACGUACCAUUUGGUGAAAGCAGCAGGUCGUUACAGAGAGGUACAAAGAACAGCUGGUGUGUCAACAACUGAUUUAGUAGGGCGUAUGCUUCUAAUGACAAGGCAACAUUUCAAACAAGGAGAUAGCGAGUACAGCGUAGACAGAGAGCCUAGUAAAAGUAUGGGUCAAGAUCGAUCUGCCCGUAGUCCAUGGACGGGUUGUUCUCAAUUUUUGCCUACGACGCAAAAGAUUAUUCAGUUUAGCGACGGAAAGAGUCCACAGCCAGGAGAUAAGAUUGUUUACGUUGCCGGGGCAUUUGAUCUCUUUCACGUCGGUCACUUAGAUUUUCUAGAAGUUGCGAAAAAGGAGGGUGAUUAUCUCAUAGUCGGGCUUCAUACGGACCCGGUAGUUAAUCGGUAUAAAUGUGGUAACCAUCCAAUUAUGAAUCUCCACGAAAGAGUGCUUAGCGUAUUAGCUUGCAAGUAUGUUAACGAAGUAGUAAUCGGUGCACCCUACGAAGUUACCAAAGAUCUAAUGGAACACUUUGAUGUUUCCGUCGUUUGUCAUGGUCAGACUUCUAUAAUGUCGUGCGAAGAUGGUUCCGAUCCAUACGCUGAACCCAAAAGGCAAAAUAAAUUCAAAUUGCUGGAUAGUGGUAACGAUAUGACCACAGACAAAAUUGUUCAACGUAUCAUUCUUCAUAGGCUGGAAUUUGAGAAUAGAAAUUUGAGGAAGGAGAAGAAAGAACUGGCAGCUCAUGAAGCGUUAGUGAGAUCGCAAAAAAAAAUACAGAACUAAGUUCACUUUGAUCGUUCGAAGCGUACGAUACUCGUAUUUUAAUAAGAGACACUUGUAAAUAGGGUAUCGCAGCAAUGUUUAACAUAUUAUAUUUUAUCCAACGGCUUGAAUAUGUACCAUUACAUUAGAUAUUUAAAAGUAUUAAUCAGACGGUUACUUCUCGUUUCCUAGUGAUUUAACAAGGAAGGAAAUAUAGUGAUAAAGACACGCAUAAUUUAGAAGAAAUAGUUUACAAUCGACAAAGUUUUAAUCUUUGUUUUUUCUUCAAUAAUUUUCUUACGCAUAGAUGUAGGUAUCUGUAUAAAAACAGGAAAAGACGACCUAAACGUUGAAAUGCUUUUAUCGUCAUACGCACGUUGCAUUUUUACAAAGACAUAUAUUAUUUUACUUGUAUAAUUUAUAAACUUUUUACACCGGUUUUGUUGUUGUGCAAAUAAUGAAAAAUUCUAGACGAAACUCUGGCAGUUUUGUAUUGUUUUAUUAUUAGAUUAACCUGCAUGAAUUUGUAACUAUUAUAAUUCGACGAGAUAGUUGAAACCAAAGAGUACAUUUUUUAGUUCGGGAUUUUCGUAAAUAUCAUUCGAUUUCUUAUAUAAAUAUAGAAAUUAAAAGGGAACGAGUAAAUGUGUAAAUAAAUCUCGAAAUAAAAAUUGUACCGUUUUAAAACGUAAAAUAUUAUUAAUUCUGAAAUGGAGUAUUGUGAUUUUAUUUAUUAAUGCCUAAUUUACAAUAUUGGGUAUUUUUAGAAGUUGUAAUAAGUGAAGUAUUUAGUUUUCCUUUUAAUCUUAAACUAUUCAACGUAACACUACGAAUACGAAUAAAAUGGUAAUAGUCAUUUGCGAUCGCUCAAGAGUUAAAACUAUGGUAUAUUACAAAGUACGAUGUCCCGACAUCGAUAGUCAUAAAUGAUACCUCAUAGUCUAAAGAUCUCGCAAAAGAUGAACAAAUUGUUUAAAUCGUUUAGCAAUCGUUGUUGAUUUUGUAUAAAUGUAUCUAUUAAAACUUGAAAUUUAUACUCUUUUUAUAAUAGCAAAGCUCAUCGUGCAGUACCUGUAUGCAUUUAUCGUGCAAACGAAGGAUAAUACUUGUAAUCGUUACCGUUAAACAUACGUAUGCAAUUAAUACAAGCGAACAAUUGUACAAGGAAAAUAUGUAUAGGUAUACUGUUAAUGUUAUCGAAUAAAACGUAGGUGCCACGUAUCGUAACGUAGCGUUGCAUUAUUUUCUGAACGAGAAGCGACGAAAAGAUUGGAAAAGAAUUUUAUUUGUUUGCAUGCGUAUACCCGAUUGCUUCGUUUAUUACCGAAAUUGUUCGCUAUGUGUUUCGAUACCAGAUUAAUUCCAUUUCAGUGUUAUUGUGCGUCACGUUAUGUAUUUAUAUUUAUGGGAAUGUAAUAGCAUGACACGAUAUAAAACGUUAUGAAGUCAG